AAGAAGGAAAGGAGCAGUUGUGUGAGACUGAACUCAUGGCUGAUGCUCAGGACGACAUGAGUCAGAUGCAAGACAAGUUCACCUAUGACUAUGAGACAAUCAGGAAAGGUGGUCUCAUCUUUGCGGCAAUAGCCUUUGUGGUUGGAAUGCUGAUUAUUUUCAGUGGCAGAUUCCGUUGUGGGAGGAAAAAGCAACUAAGAGCCCUCAACGACGAUAUGUGAUAGUGUGGAUAACCUUGAACAUCUAGGCUGGUUGCAGAUGGAAGAUGUGUACAUCUCAGAUCCAAAAACCAGUGACAAUCUAAUGCUCCUUGCUUACAAGGAUUUCAGUCAAGAUGUAUAAAAAAAAUUCAUUCUUCUGUAAACAAGAACCACUAUUUUGUAUACAGGACUUUUGCUGCGUUGCCUCAUUCAGAUGCCUCUUUUCUAAAACUGCCUGACUUUGCCAUGCCUAAGAAUUUUUAAAUUAUCUAACAAAAUAGCCCUCAUACCUACAAAGUCUCUAUGCAAUGACGUGCCUUCUGACUAAAGAUUUUACUUGGAUUUUAUUGGACCUGUUAUUCAAAAUGCUUUGGACAAUAGGUUUCUGGAUAAAAGCAUUCCCAUGAUGUGAGGAAGCAUACUAUAUGCCUAUAAAAAUAUUUGAGAGCUGAUUUAUGAAAGUGUUACACUGACUGCACCAGCAAAGUUAACCAGAACAACCAAUCAAAUAUUUGCUUUCAUUGUUUAAGUUGUACUAGAUUGAUAGCCUGUUGCUAUGGGAACUGCACUGGUGCAAUUUAGCACCUAUGUUAGUAAACAAACCUUUCCAGCAUAAAUGGAGAAAAGAGUCCAAAACAUGUUGCAUUUCUAAGACUGACUACUGCAUUCCAACUUUUCUGAUUAUUUUAUUUUACACUUUUAUAUUACACUUAUAUUUGCAGACACUCUAAAUGAUAUUUUGUCACAAACAGGUGAGAGCUGGGGUUGCUUGUUAUUACUAUGUGAGGCUUUGUAGAAAGUGAGAACCCCUGCUCUAGAGUACAAUAAUCUGUAUUAUGUAAGCAGAACAUUCAGGCUUAAACGAUCAUGUUUAAGAUACAAUCUGUAUAACUUUACAAGCUAUAGUAUCCUUGCAUUUACAACUUACAUCCUCUGAGUUGUAUUGCUGAUUGUGCACAAAAUAUUUUGUUAGCCUUUGCAUAUUAUGAGGAGCUGUUCAAACAAUUGUUCCUUUUCCUUCUUUCGCUUUAAAAGGAAUUUGAAGGACUCAUACUGUAAUCUAGAUGCAUUUGCACAUCUGCUAGUUAUACUGUAUAUUGAAUUAUUAAAGGAGGCUGUGUUCUCAAA